AUGUAUAACGGAAUAGGGUUACAAACCCCAAGAGGUUCAGGUACCAAUGGGUACAUUCAGAGCAACAAGUUUUUCGUGAAGCCUAGAACUUCAAAGGUUGCUGAGAACGCGAAGGGAUUUGAAGCAGAUCAGGGUACUGCUGGGGUUACCAGAAAGGCCAACAAAGAGAUUCUUGAGCAUGACCGCAAGCGUCAGAUUCAGCUCAAGCUUGUUAUCCUUGAAGACAAACUAAUUGAUCAGGGUUAUACCGAGUCUGAGAUUGCCGAGAAACUUGAGGAGGCUCGGAUUAAUUUGGAAGCUGCAGCUGAUGAAAAUGAUGGAUCGUCCAAUUUGGAUAAGGUUUCUGAUACACAGACUCACCAAAUUGCUGCUAGAAAGGAAAAACAGAUGGAAACAUUGAAAGCUGCUCUUGGCAUAGCUUCAUCUGAACCCGGUGAAUUGAAUGCAGAUGGGAAUGACGAGGAGAUUGGAAAUGGAAGGGGUGUAUCUGUUCCGGAUGCAAAACAUAUUUCUGAACAUUCCUUUUUGGACAGAGAUUUCAGUCGGAAGAAACAACCGGAAGAAGUUCUAAACGAAGAAAAUACCAAGAAAAAGAGUGUUAAAGACACAAAGCACCACAGGAAGGGUGGGACUCUCAAGAAAAAGCACACGAAUGAUUCAUCUGAUUCAGACAGCAGUACGGAUGACGAGAAGGCAGGUAGAAGGAAGCACAGUAGAGUGAAAAAAGACAGUAAUGAUGAAUCUGCUCAGAGGAAGGUCAAGGCUAACAAGAAGCAGAAGACAUCAUUGUACCACAAGAAAGGCGGGGUGGAGGGCAAUGAUGAUACUGAUUUUACUUUUGAUUCUGAUGACAGCAACAGGGCAAGAAAAAGUAAUAAAAAACCAGCAAAAGCAAGUAAGAAGCAUGAUUCUGAUAGUGAUUCUGAUCAUCAUGAAGGCUUGCCUAGGCAUAGGACUAAAGAAGUGAAGGGACAUACAAAGAUGAGCAAACGCCAUGAUUCUGAAGAGGAAUCUGAUUCUGAUAGUGAGGCUGAGAAACACAGUAGACUGGAUAUGCAGAAAAUGAAGAGGUAUGGUUCUACUAAUGAGGAUUCUGGUAGAGUCGGUGUUAGGCAUGCUUCAAGACAAGACAAACAUGUUAAAAGGCGGUCAUACUCUUCCUCUGAUGAUAGUAGCAGUGACUCUGAUUCAGGUAGCAGUGAUAGUGAUCGCAGGUAUGAAAGGACUAGAAAAGGUGGGUUUGUAGCCAAGAGAGGUGGGCCAAAGGAGGAAAUAAAUGACAGAGGUAUUGAUGAAGAGGAUCCAAAUCCUAGAAGUCAAGUAAUGGCAAAGGGUGACAAGAAUAUUGAUGAAGAUAGAGAUAGGGAGACUAUCAAAUUGGCUAAGCAUGAUGGAGAGGGUAGGAAGUCUGAGUUAAAAUCUCGAAUUUAUCAAUAUGAAAGUCAAGAAAAAGAGGGUUAUUCUAAGUCAGCUAGGCUCAGAGGCGAUGAUAUUGAAACUUCUGAGCAGAGAGGCAGAAAUUAUAACAAGGAUGUUGAAUCACAAUCUGUUGGACGGAUUGAUCGGAAUAGGGAGGAUUAUGAAACAAGAAGGAAGGGAAGACAUGAGAAUGAUUAUAAAAGGGAUCAGGAUGACCAUGGAGGAAAAAAACAUGGAAGGAAUGAAGAUGAGCGUACAGAAAGAAAGCACUUAAGGGAUGAAGAUGAUUCAAGAGAUGGAAAACAUAAAAUAGGCAAGGAAGUUCACCGAGAGAAAGAGAGCUUAAGAGAUGAUGAAGAUGGUCGUGGAGAGAGAAAACACGAAAAGGAUGGAGAUUUUCCUAAAGGAAGAAAGCACAUGAGAGAUGAGGAUGAUCACAUUGAAACAAAGAUUAGAGGGAUUGAGGAUGAACGUACAGGAAGAAAGACCUUGAGGGAUGGGGAUGAUUAUGAAGAAAGAAAGAAAUUAAGGGAUGAUGGUCAUCAUAGAGAAGCACAAAACAAAAGGGAUGAAAGUGGCAUUGGAGAGAGAAAGAACUCAAGGGUCGAGGAUAGCCGUGGAGAGAAGAAGAGCUCUAGGGAUGGGGGUGAUUAUAGAGAAACAAAAAUCAGAAGGAUUGAGGAUGAUCGUACGGGAAGAAAGACCAUAAAGAAUGAAGAUGAUUAUGGAGAAAGAAAUCACUUGAGGAAUGAGGGCCGCUAUAGAGAAGCACCAAACAAAAGGGAUGGGAUUGGCAGUGGAGAAGUAAAGAACUCAAGAGAUGAGGAUGAUCGCAAAGAAAGAAAGAACUCAAGGGGUGAGGAUGAUUACAAGGAGAGAAAGAGGUACAGGGAUGAGGAUCUUCGUGAGGAAAGAAGAGAGGCACCAAACAAAAGGGAUGGGGUUGGCAGUGGAGAAGUAAAGAACUCAAGGAACGAGGAAGAUCACAAAGAAAGGAAGAACUCAAGGGAUGAGGAUGAUUAUAAGGAGAGAAGGAGCUCUAGGGAUGAGGAUGAUUAUAAGGAGAGAAGGAGGUCUAGGGAUGAGGAUGUUCGUGAGGAAAGAAAGCACAGAGGGGGUGAGGAUUAUCAUGGAGAAAGAAAGCGCAGAAGGGAUGAUGAUGAUCAUGUGCAUGAAGAAAGAAGGCAUUAUAGAAGGAAUGAUGAUGAGGGAGAAAGAAAGCACAGAAGGGAGUAG